GGUGAUUUCACACUCCUUCCUCAUCAACUUUCUUCAGACCUCAUUCUCAUCGGCGCGGGCGACUACAAAAAUGUCUUCUAUUACGCCUACAAAACUACGCUCGCUCUAUCGUUCGUUUCUCCGCGAACUUCCAUCUCGGCCUCUCACACAAGAAUCCCGCUCACCUCUACAAUCCCGCAUUCGCAGAACCAUAGCCUCGGAAACAGGCACGCCAAUCGAGCAAGCAGAGCAAUUCCUACAAUAUGUGAAGGCGCAAAGGAUGUAUGCCACUUUACUUGAGAGAUAUAACCCUGGGAUGAAUAUGGAUGAAGAAGAGCGAGUGCGUUUGACUGCUAGGAGGGUGGGAAUGGAUCUCCCGGAAGAGUUUUCGUAUGGGCAAGAUGGAAAUGGGGGCAAAGUCCAGUGAGGGUUGAAGCGGUUGUAACGACAACAUUGCUCGUGCAAAUCAAUGGAAGACACGAAAUCUUGACAGCGAAUAAGACGGAAGGCUGUUGAUAGACCCACUACCCAGAGCUUUGGGAUUUGGUAGCUCUUGAGGGUUAUUCCUGCUCAAUGCCUCGUGCGCACACUAAGGACGAGCUAUCACCCCAGUAUCAUACCAGUUUCCAUAGGGCCGGAAGAUGUUUGUGUAAGAUAUGAGCUUCACUGUACAGAUCGAAUCGGCAAUGAAGUAAUGCAACUCCCGGCCUCAUUCAGUAGGCUAGCUUCAAGACAUAAAUGAUACUUACAACAUCACUCACUUUGUGUAAACCCAACCGGUAAUGUGUUAUUGGGACUCGAUAUUGCCUCGUUACCAUACGACAUUACGUCGAAGUUGGAUUGACAAUUCAUCCAUGUCAGAUAAGCAAUGUGAAGGAAAACAAAAUAUGGAGCUUUUAAUAACAAUACUCACUUCGUGCUGUCGCUCA